UCGACGCCUCCUCCCCAGCAGCGUGACCGGCCCGCCCUUGAUCGCGACCAUGCGGACGGCGGCGCUGGUAUUGGCGCUGGUGUCAGCCGUUGGCACGUCGCUCGGGCAGAACGUAGACGUUCCUUUUGAAAGCGGCAUUAUGGACUCGUUGGAGCGGUACUCCCAGCUCGUGAAGUAUCAGGACGCUGCCUUGUGCUUCCCGCUGAACCAAACGUGGUUCCUCUUGUACCGGACGAACGAGUACAACGAGAUGUUCGGCGGCAACAACACGUGCGUGCGAAUGGGCCCGCGAGCGAGGAGUCCCAUGCGAAACCUCGAGAUUGACGUCAAGCUAGCGUACGCCCAGGACAAGCGAGCAGACAUACAUAUCCGCUUCGAAAGGAGCCAUUCUGCCAUGUCCGACCGAGCCAACGGCAUGGAAGUUACCUAUGCUGACUACGAUAAUACAUUCUCACAAUCGAUAUCCGUCAUAUACUCUAACUGCGACGAGUGCAUGGUGCUCAAGCAUGUAGACAGUGGAGGGUCUUACUCCUGCAGCCUCUUCGCGCCGGCUUCUGUGGUGACACCCAGCUACAGGUCCCCUCCCCCGCAAUGCGAGUUCAUCUACCUGCUGCUCUGCGGAACCAGCCAGUACAAAAUUUUCGACGGCUGCUGCAAGGACGACGACGAGCCGCCGCCGUACACCGACUCGCCGCCGCUUCCAGGUUCAGAAUGAGCUUCGACGUGUGACGCGCCUUAGACGGGGCGUCGCGCGCCGGGGAGAUCUUGCACGCAGACGAGGAAGGCGUGCGCAUGCGCGGAAAAGCGGAGUCGUGAUUGGCCGACGCACGCCGGUUCGUCACGACGGUGAAUGUUGAUGGUAUAUCGAUUAGUCCUGCCCUUUUCAAGCAGAGUCUUUUUUGUUUCUCCUCUUAAUUGCGAAACAGCGCUGCAAAAGUUAACACUCGCAAAAUGUGAACCACGAGUAUACACAGACGAUAAAGCGCUUCUACACCAACCGAAUAAUUAGAGAGAAAAAAAAACACACACACACACGGGGAGUGCAGUUGUGAGCAGAAACGCCAAUGCUCCAAGGGCGCCAAUGCUCCAAGAAGUGCCAGGGCUCAUAACGAAUUAUGUAAAACAGUGGCAGGGGAGGGGAACCUUGCUCUACGUUGUUCACGGUGUAAACGUACCGCGAACUUCAAGGACCCAUCCAUGGUGGCAUGCAGCAAUAAAGAAGAAUUGUUGUAGAAGCGUAUACACUGUGCUUUCGGGAAAGCAUGGAGUAAGUUCGCCAUUGAUCGCGUUCCCCCGACAGGCAAUUGUCUUUUCUGGGUGUCCACAAAAAAAAAAAAAAAUCCGGAGCAUUCGUACAGUUAAAGUAUUCGGUUCAGGUGAGUGGAGCCUGGGCAAGGCGCUAAUUGAUAAAGUCGCACGCGUCAAGCUGCCAAGCAUAGCUUCCUGCGCUCUCGAGUAAGUCAGCCAUACUUUUGUCUACAAACGUUUUUUUUUUCUUCUUCUUUUCCUCUGCGAUUUCUCCUUCUUUCAUGUACUGCGUGUACUUUCUUUGCGCAUUGGCGCUUCUGCUCACAAUUUCACUCCCCGUGGGUUCUUUUCUCAUAAAUCAGUUGAUUAAAGCACAUCGUCUGUGCUCGCGUUCGCGUUUUGUGUGCGUGUCUUGAUUUCUGCAGCGCUGUUUUUUUUUAAUUAUGUCAUUCCAGGUAGCUCUAACGCACGUCUUAAUCCUUCUCGCUCUCUUUCAUAUUUGUUGAUGGAGCAAGUCUGCUCCCUAUGUGACAUAUCGCCAGCGCGGGUUGCAGUGCUUGACAGUGCUUUCUGAACAAAGUAUUGCUCUCACAUUCUCUCUCUCUCUCUCUUUGUUUUCGAUUCGUUAAGGUUCAAGCCUAUUCUAAGGACUUGUCAGACGUUAGGUUAACGCACUGGGCCAGUUGACUGGGGUUCAAAGGCUGCAUUUUUUUUUCCAUCUGAAGGACGCAACCUGCCAUGAUUACACAAUUAUCACGUUCUCAGGCGAUGCAUUAAGCCUCAUAAAUCACUCUUUCAAUCACUUGCCGACUGCGGUGUUCCAAAAUAAAGGCACGUUGCUGCAA